AUGACCCUGGAGGAGGGACUGUGGCGGGCCGUGCAGGAAUGGCAGCACACAAGCAACUUUGACCGGAGGAUCUACUAUGAGAUAGCGGGAAAGUUCCUGGAGUUUGAGGCUGAGGAGGGGAUGCAGAUUCAGAAGUCGCAGUGGAUGAAGGGGCCCCAGUGCCUGCCUCCUCCAGCCCUGCCGAGGCUUGAACCUCAAGGAACUCCGGCCCCUCAGGUGGCCAAUCAGCCUGUGUACCUUCCCAGCAAGGCCGGCCCCAAGGCCCUGCUUGCCUGCCUGCCAUCACCCAGGCCCCAAGAGCCAGCGGAGACCAAGGCACCCGAUGAGAUCCCCCCUGAAGUGGUGCAGGAGUAUGUGGACAUCAUGGAGGAGCUGCUGGGGCCUCCCGAUGGGGCCACGGGGGAGCUCAAGGCACAAUGGGAAGAAGGCGAAGUGGAGCAGGAAGGGGACGGGAUGCUUCUAGACCCAGGCCUCCUGAGCUAUGUUGACAAGCUGUGUUCCCAGAAAGACUUCGUCACCAAGGUGGAGGCCGUCAUUCAUCCCCGAUUUCUGGAAGAAUUGCUUUCUCCAGAUCCCCACAUGGAUUUCUUGGCCCUAAGCCAGGAACUGGAGCAGGAGGAAGGACUCACCCUUGCCCAGGUAGAGCAGGGAGGGUAGGGAACCCAGGUACCCUGGGGGCAGG